UACUACAGCUGUUAUGUUGUCUGAAACCACAAAACUUAGGGAUUCGCAAAUUGCAGUAGCGAAUCGUGUUUGUUUCUGUUUGUAAGUAGGAACUUUGUUCAACAUUUAGUUGCUGACGUUUAUAAUUUUAUUGUGAUAUUCCGCAAGAAUCUUAAAUUAGACGUUUCUACAACAGACGUCAUGGCAGACGGAGGAAUGGACCCAUGUGAAUGUUUCUGGAGCCACGAGCUUGCCAUGCGCCGCUUGUUGUCCCUAUUACGGCAGUCACAGACAGUCUGCACGGAUUCAGAAUGCUUAGAUCAGAUGCCCUCCUUACCUGGACUUCAGCAAGUUCCAGGGGACAACUUGAUAUUAUUGAUGAUGGCUUGGGUGGCGUUCGCCAUCGUAAUGUUCAUGAUGCGCCCUCGCAGUCUACGCAACAAGAGUGAUACCGACUAUCGCAACAAUGAGGGUGAUGAUGGGAGACCACCGAUGCCUCCUGCUGUGAACUAACGGAACUACUGCUGUGAUAAUGGCUUAGUGAUCUGUACCUUCUUCAAACUUUCCUGUUAUUUUUUUUCUAACUGUAAUGAAGCUUUUGUACUGUAGAUUUUAAUACUGAACUUAUGGAAACAUCACAACAACAGUUUUAAUUGUUAAACACAUGAUCAGCUGCAUUCAUUCCAACAAUUUGGCAUCCUAACAGGUGAUUCCAGGAAUAAGUAUUUUGUCCAAUGUUCCUUCAAGUGCAUUAUAAAUCCUGGUAUAACUUGAUAUUUUCAGACGAUUAACAUCUACACUAUCGUAAUUUCUGCAUUACUUAUUCUGCACCAAACAACACAAUGUUAUUGUUUAUUUUUCAUUUUAUUAAUCAAACCCAUUUUACCUAUCAGUUUUAUCACAAUAUAGUACAAAUAAAAAUUAAACUCAUUUUGUGUUAAUGGCUUUUACAAGGUAAAAUUGACACAAAAAGAUAGCUUACACUCUUGUCACUCGAUAGGCUGUUUUUUUUUAUUCUUCUCGCUAAUUUAAAUAAGCUAUUGCAAAAAUACAUUGACAUUUAAGUUGGAUUUUUAUUCUUUGUGGGACUAUAUUUUUAAUGUAUGUGUGUCUUUUGCAAAAAUCUGUAAACAGUUCUAUAAUUGAAAAGUUUGAACGAAUUUGAAAGAAAGAAUGUAAUAAUUACAUUAUUCAAUGUUGAAAUAUUGUUAAGUGAUUGAAAAUGUUGAGAUAUGAAAGACAACAAUAAAGAAUAUGUAAAAUUACAGUGUAAUUUGAAUGUGUGUCUAUGUUGUACAUGGUACAACAGUGUAGUACGGUAGUUUAAACUUAUGAUAGCCAGAACGCCUGGUGUAUACCUGAACUAUGCUUCAAGGUUUAUGAAAUGUACUAAAUCUAAACAAGGAAGAUUCCGUUGCAUAGCAUCGUUGUUGUGCUAAAUAUUGAAAUCUAUAAGUGAUUUUUUUAAAACUACAAAAUAUUUCUAAGGGCCUUGCUGGUAUGUCAUAAUACCAGUAGUUUGAUUGAAUGCAGUGGAUAUUAGUAACUAGUGUAUUAAGUGGAAUCCAUGCAUGUUUAAAAAUGUUCAACACAGAGCGUACUGCAAGACCUUACCAAAACAGACACCGCUACACAAGCAAUGUCAUUAAAUGAUGUCUGGGAUUAGUAAAAUUUAAAUAAUCACCAACGUGAUUUUUAUGUUUAGGUUACCUGUUUUCCUUUAGUAGAGGUUAAAACGUAAGGUAAUGUUGCCUCUGUAAAGAAAAACCCCUGUGUAGUUGGAUUUUAGUAAUUAAUCUGUUAAACUCCACAAAUGCUUUCUUUAAUAUUAUGAAUAGUUUGUAUUGUCGCUCUCAGCUUUCACUUUAUUUUAGAAGUACUGAAGAAAGUACCCGACUAUUCAGUUUUUAUAUCACUUGUGUACAAGGAAGGGUUGUAGUACAAGUUUCUGAAAAUCGUACAUGUCAUGAUAGCAUGUCCUCUACAUUUUUUCCACAUUUCUCUACAUGUCAUGUGAAUCAAUCGUGCUUGGUACAACAUUUACAAAUGGCAACAAAAAUUACAUGCAAAAAAUUACCUUAGUGAAAUGCCCUAAUAGAAAGUGCAUACAACAUGAAAGUAAGUGAGUGACAGACAAUCUACAAUUAACUAUUUAAUAUUAUCUUCUAAAGCGCACACAAUUAUUUUAGAACCAAAACAGCCUGUUUGGAGUAGGAAUACCAUUUGGCAAGCUAGACAUUUACAUUGAUAAUACAAGCUUUCAAAUUGCACUUUUACUGACAUUGGUGUUUUAUGUCCCUAUUAUUUUCACAACACUUAAAGUUAAGUUGAUUCAAACUGUUAGCCAGAUCUACAGAAGCCAAUUCAAAAUGAAGUACAAAUUAUUCUACUCUUAUUGUACUCAUUUUCUUUCAUAGAUUAACUUCAAUUGUUGCUAUGUAGUGUAACAUGUUAAAACUAGAGAAAAAGCUGACAGCAUAUUUACAAAAUUGUAAAGUAGUAAUUGUUUUUAACUGUUAUUUUUCAUUUCUCGGUUCUGAUAUUGAAUUUGAACACUGUUAUUUCUACUUAAUAAUUUCAAGCUGAUUAAAGUGUGUCUGUAGCUGAACAUUCAUAUUAAUAACACUAUACAAAUAAAUGUAUAAUAAACUAGUGUGUCUGAAUGUUACCAUUACAUAAUGGCCAUUGUCACUAUUUGAAGAUGGAUAAUGUUAAAUGUAUUUAAUUAAAUCAAAACCCAUAAAUAUUCUAUAGCCAAUAUGUACACCACAUUUUUGCCCUUAAAGUUGUAGGCAUUCAUUAUAUUAUUCUUUGAUUUUGUGUGUUGUUUUGUUUUUAUUAUAAUGAAGUAUUAUAAUUUUGGUAUUGUUAUACUGUGUGAAGUGCUUAAAAUAUCGAUUUUGAUAGCUAAAAUUGAAUUUGUUUUGUUGGUUUUCAUUUAGUAAUUAAGAUUAAAACGUUUUAAUUCUUCUAUUACAUGAUUGAAAAAAUAUUUUAUUACAAACAGAAUUUUGAUUAUUUGCUACUGUACAUAGAGGCUGUUAAUUUGUAAUAGUUUUGAAGAUGAUAUUGUGAACUCUAAAAAUUCUAUUUAUAGUAAUAAUUUAAUUGGUCUAUAGUUGAGACUGUGUAUAAUUAUCUCAUUGGCUUUUUGAAGAAAUGUAUCUUUAUUAAAUUUAUUACAAAUUUGAAAACAGUCGUACAAUAAUGCGCUAACUAAAAAUGUAAUUCAAUCUCAUUUUUAGUAUAUGUACAUAUUUUACAUAGAUAUAUAAAAUAUAAAUCAUAUGUGUACAAAAAAGGUUAGUUUCUCAAUAUUUGUAAUAUAUGUACAAAUAAAUGCUCAGUGUUUUAGUUGUUACUGAAAUAUUUCUUUGAAAAGUGUAUUUUUCUAAAUAAUAUGAGUGAACAUCGAUCAAGCUAUGCUAAAGAUUGCAGAAGGAAAAAAACAAUUCAGUAACAACUUAAACAUCCACUUAUAUUCUUAAGCGGUUUAUUUAUUGACUCUAGUUGCCAGGAUUCGCUUAUUAUUUGUUCCAUAUAAAUAUUAAUUUUGAUGUUGAAUUUGUACAAACAAUUAAGCCUAUCUGUAAAUGGAAUAGAUAGUUUCUAUCAGGUUACAUUAUUUGGCUGAAAAUAGUCCUUUAAAAAUUUCCCUAAUUUGUCUUUGUUUCUUUUAUUUAAAAACAAUUAUUUGUGAUUUAUUAUGUAUUUUGGUUUGUUUGGGAUUAGUUUUUUUUUUUUAACUCCAGUUUGUUAAGAACUAAUUUACAUUUUAUUUUUGUGUUUGUCUGUGGCCUUCUCUCUGUUAACUUAAAUAGAAGCUCAUUCCAUUUUUUACUAUUGUUUAAAAUAUAACAUUACAAAUUAAUUAUUUUGUAAUAAUAGACUUGUGUGUCUUAUUAUAGGAAAAGUGCAUGAGAUUCUACUCUGCCGUCAUAUCAUAGUUAAAUGGUUAAAGGAACUUUUGCACUUUUUGUGAUUUGAAUGAUGUAAGGGAAUAAUAAAUAUUAUAAAGUACUAUAA